UCUUCUGCUUUCCACGUACUGACUUUAUGUUUUAUAUUCCAGUGUCGGAUAUCUCCGGCACUGUUCGCACAAGGAAUUCGUUACUUUUAACAUCGGGACUAAUAUAUAAAUUUAUACUCCAGUAGUUCAAUUUUCAUCUUUUUUUCCUUCAAAAAAUGAACAUUUUUAACAAGUUAUUCUUUUGGUGGUUGAAACCAAUAUUCUUUCGCGAGAAACACAAAAGUCUGGAUGUAGAUGAUUUGCACAACGUUUUACCAGAAUUCUCCAGUAAAUCACUUGGGGAUCGAUUGGAAAGCGCAUGGUUUGAAGAAUUAAAAAACCAUAAAUUUACAAACCGAAAGCCUAGUUUAUUCCAAGCUUUGUGUAAAACUUUUGGCGGACUAUUUUGGUACUACAGUAUUCACGUUUUCAUCAUAUGUGUGAUUUUAAGAGGUCUUUUGCCUUUUACUCUCGGACUUUUAAUCUGGCACUUUGAUUCUCGCUCGGAUUCCACGACUCAAGAUGCUUGUCUUUGUGCUGUUGCUCUUCUGGCAAUGAUAGUGCUCCAAGCAAUGGUAGGACAUCAUUCAGUAGCAGGUAGAAAAGAAGUAGGAAUGAGAAUUUCGAUAGCUAUCUCGUCAUUGGUGCAUAGAAAGAUCCUUCGUCUUUCAAUUUCAUCGUCGAACGAGUUUAACACUGGAAGCAUUAUAAACAUAUUAUCCAACGAUGUGGCAAAAUUCGAAGACGUCUGCAUGUUCUGGCACUAUGUUUGGGUCUUGCCAAUUCAAGGUAUUGUAAUGGCUUAUUUCAUUUGGAACAACGUAGGCGUGUCUUCUUUGGCUGGUAUAUUUUUUCUCGUCAUCCAGACCGUUCCCGUUCAAAAACAUUUGGCCAAAGUAACAGCAAAGAUUAGGGCGAAAGUUGCGAGUAAGACCGACGAAAGAGUUCGCUUGAUGAGUGAGAUAGUGCGAGGGAUUCGUGUGAUAAAAAUGUACACCUGGGAGAAACCCUUUGAAAAUCUAGUAUUCCUUGCAAGAAGAUAUGAAGUGGAUGCUAUCGCUGUGAAAUCUUACAUGCGGGGAGUCAGCGCGGCGACAUCCGUCUUCGCUGAGAGCACGAGUAUGUUCUUCAUCAUAAUGACUUAUGUUCUGCUUGGCAAUGCUCUGGAGGCCAGUGUGGUGUACUCAGUGGCUCAGUACUUUAGUAUGAUUAAGGUCAUGAUUACUGUUUUUUAUCCACGAGCUCUUUCCUCAGCUGCCGAGGCUCGAGUUUCCCUCAAGCGUAUCGAGGAUUUUUUAUUUUUGGAUGAGGUUGAUUCGAAGAUGAAUCUCGAGGAUGUUAAAAAGAGAAAAGGCAGUGCCCGCAUUAUUAUUGAAGAUCUGAGCGCUUCUUGGUCGAGAAGCACGACUGAGCAAGUUUUACAAAAUAUCAAUUUGAAAAUCUCAGCUGGUGAGCUGUGCAUUUUAGCUGGUCCGACAGGCUCAGGAAAAUCAACGCUUUUAAAAACUAUCCUUGGAGAACUGCAGGUAAAUUCUGGACAGAUUAAGGUAGACGGCCAAGUCUCAUACGCUUCCCAAGAACCCUGGCUAUUUGCCGGAACCGUAAAGAACAACAUAUUGUUUGGUCAAGAUUAUGACAAAGAGAAAUAUGAUCGAGUCGUGAGCGCUUGUGCCUUGAAAAAUGAUUUCGAGUCGCUACUGAAUGGAGAUGAAACGUACGUUGGUGAUCGAGGCGCUAUGCUCAGUGGUGGUCAGUGUGCGAGGGUUAACUUGGCGAGAGCAAUUUAUAGAGAUGCGGAUAUAUACUUGAUUGACGAUGCACUGGCAGCAGUCGAUAGUAAAGUGGGCAAAUUUGUAUUCGAUAAUUGCAUCAAUGGAUUGCUAAAGGAAAAAAUUAAAAUUCUGAUAACUCACAAUUUUCAGUACUUUCAAGAAGCCGAUCAGAUUAUCGUUAUAAACGAUGGUCAAAUAGAUUACUCGGGUACUUUUUCUCAUCUUAUCGAUUACCGCUUACUUGAGCUACCUCAACAUACAUCAAGUCCUGUAGUAAAUAAAACACCGCUAAAAGAUGAAAGCUCAAUUCAAAACGGACUCGAAUUAAAAUUCACUGAAAAUAAAUCAACGAAGGUGAUGAUUGAUGAGAAAGACAAGCUUUUGAAAAGCAAACAAUUAUCUACUAGUUCUAUGUGCUGGAGAUAUUUCAGAGCUGGAGGCUCGAUUUUUGCGUUGCUCUGUUUGGUACUGAACUUCGUUUUGGCACAAGCUUCCGUCACUGGAUGUGAUUAUUGGUUGGCUCAUUGGAUUAAGCAAGAGGAGAGUCAAGUUAAAACUCAUACAAAUAAUAGUAGUGUUUCAAUUGAACUAAGAUUUGCUCUUUACGUUUUCGCGGGUUUACUGCUAGCUAGUGUCAUCAUGUGGACUGCAAGCAGUCUUUUCUAUUACAAAAUCUGUAUGACUGCAAGUAGAAAAUUACAUAAUCAAAUGUUUUCGUGUCUUUUAAAGUCCCCUAUGCGCUUUUAUGAAAUCAACCCUUCGGGAAGAAUUCUGAACAGAUUCUCAAAAGAUAUUGGACUGGUUGACGAAACUUUGCCGACCACGACACUCGAUGCAUUGCAAGUGCUGUUAAAAAUAAUUGGUGUGAGCAUCCAGGUUUUAAUUAUAAACUGGUGGUCAAUAGUUCCCAUGAUCAUAAUGAGCACCAGUUGUUGGAAAUUGAAAAAUGUGUACUUGCCGACCGCUCAAAAUAUAAAACGUUUAGAGAGCAAAGCAAAAAGUCCAGUGUAUUCUCAUGUCAAUUCAACUAUGUCUGGUCUUGCUACAAUUCGCUCAGCAGAAGCUCAAGAAAAAUUGAAAGCAGAAUUCGAUUCAUUGCAGAACGUCCACACGUCUGCUCACUAUCUCAAUAUAGUGUCAUCGUCAGCUUUUGGUUUUUAUAUUGAUAUUUUGUCUGUUAGUCUGUUAGCAUUCGUCGUUUUUUGUUUUAUAAUUCUCAAAGACAGUAAUACUUUUGCUGGAAUAGUAGGACUGGCGAUAACUCAGAUUCUCAUGCUGUACGGAUCGGUUCAAUACGGUCUUCGACAAACGACUGAGAUGAUGACGCAAAUGAUAAGUGUAGAGAGAAUUUUUCAGUUCACAAGUUUGGAGCAGGAAGGUCCAUUUGUAACUAAUGAUUAUAACACAUUAUCAAAGAAUUGGCCGCAGAACGGUCAAAUUAAGUUUGAUCAUUUAUCUUUGAAAUACUCAGAUGAAGAUGAACUAGUUUUGAAAGAUAUAAAUCUGAGCGUUAGGCCAGGAGAGAAGAUUGGAGUCGUCGGUCGAACUGGAACAGGAAAGUCAUCUCUUAUUUCUGCAUUAUUUCGACUAGUAAAUUCAGAUGGUUCUAUAUUUAUAGACGAUAUUGAUAUUAAAAAGAUCGGACUUCACGAUCUUCGUAGUAGAAUAUCUAUCAUACCUCAAGAUCCUGUGCUAUUUACUGCCACAUUGAGGACUAAUCUUGAUCCGGCGCAGAAGUAUAAUGAUGACGUUAUUUGGCAAGCAUUAGAAGAUGUAGAAUUAAAGAGUAAAUUUAAUACCUUAGAUCAUCAAAUCGAAAAUGGAGGCAACAAUCUCAGUACUGGACAAAAACAACUUUUGUGUCUAGCUAGAGUCAUCAUGGCAAAAAAUAAAAUUUUAAUCCUUGAUGAAGCUACAGCUAAUGUUGAUCUAAGUACCGAUGAAAUAAUUCAGAAAACUAUAAGAAUGAGAUUUUCAAAUUGUACCAUUAUAACUAUUGCACAUAGACUGAAUACAAUUUUAGACAGUGAUAAAAUCUUGGUGAUACACCAAGGUGAAGCAGUUGAAUUUAACACUCCACAAAAUUUAUUGCAACUAAAAGAUGGAUAUUUUUCUAAUAUGAUGAACUGUAUUCUGUGAUAUUUGUAAGAUUUUUAGUUUUAUAUAAUAUGUAAUGGUACGAUAAUAAUUAAGUAAAAAAAUACAUGACAUUAUUACAUAAAUA